AGACGACAACGAUGCCCGUGCCUACAGAGUGAUCGCACGGCUAUUUACCCGACCAGCACUGAAUGGUAGCAGCUGAGCGACGAGUGCGGAACGAGGGUUGCCAAAACCCACAGGAUUUCAGACGGAUCAUGGAAAAGAAUGUCCUUUUAUUAUGAAUCUCAAUAAACGGGUGACAGCUUCCAAACAAACCCACUGUAAACUUUCAGCUCUGCAUUUAACGUGGGGGAUCAGUGAGGUUUUUUAAUCGGGUCUGAGGACAGACAGCAUGCAGGUGGAAACGGCUGCGGUUAUAGGCCAAUGUUGCUGAAAUGCCUUGGUCGACGCUGACGCGUUUCGUUGUGCCAUGCCAAACCUGCAUUGUCAGAUGCCAUUUUACUCUGCGUUAUCCCAUCGUCCGGAUUUCCAAUAUACUGGGCCUGUCGUCUAACUAGAAGUUCGUCCGAAAGUAGUAAACAACAAGUGUAAUGAAAAAAUACACUGUCCGAGGGACUGUGCACCGUUUGUGCUGAAGCUUAUGGGUCCUGCGUACUCAAGCUCCCGGCUCCCACACAAAAAGGUGUGCUGCGGGGGUACAGUGCACUGUCAGCCUCACAUCUGGAUCGACUGGCCGUAGUCAGCUGCGGCCUUGUUGGACCGUGAGGUGCCUGAGCUUGUGCAUUUUAACAGACACUAGUUGGGACCGCAUCGGAGGAUUUCGUGUUCAGGAGAGUGGGUAAAUAUUUAGCGACGACUUGUCUGUCAUCCAUUUAAAUAUACUGUGGUCCAAAGCUGGAUCUGACUGUCUGCCCAAGGGAAACGCUUGUCAGCUAUGGAGUGUGUGUAAGUCACGCAUUUUAAAGGCAACGCUAGGGUGACAUUGCAGUCUUUCCCCCCACAUCGGUUAUUUCGUCGUCCGACAAAAAAAAAAAAAAAAAAAGUGAAAGUGGAGUAUUGUCCGUCAUACGUAUCAACGCAGUGGGAUUUUUACGUCUGGUCGGCGUUCCCCCCCACCCUUCCCGCGGUGACGGUUAUGGGUCGGAAGCGGUGUGUCGGUGCAGAUUGUUCCAAGAUGGCGGCCGGGUGCUGCGGGGUGAAGAAGCAGAAGCUGUCGGGAUCCCCCGGGUCGGGGGGUCCUGGCGGGGUGGGGGCGGGAAGCGGGGUGGCAGGAACCGGACAUUGUGGAUCGGACUUGGGGAUUGGUUCCUCCACGACUGUUGCAACGGGCAACGUGAGCAGAGCGAACGGCCUGGGGGGACCCGGGGGUAACGUUAGCAGCAGUAGUAGUAGUAGUAGCAGCAGCAGCAGCAGCACAAACGCGUUGUCCCCAGCCCCGGCCGGUUACAAUUCAUCUGGCCUCUCCCCGAAUCUCAGUCCAGGACCUGGUUCGGGAAGUGGAGGCAGAAAAAUGGUGGUGUCGGCGGAGAUGUGCUGCUUCUGUUUCGACGUGCUUUAUUGCCAUCUGUAUGGAUACCAACCUCCGAGAACACCCAGGUUUACAAACGAUCCCUACCCACUGUUUGUCACGUGGAAAAUAGGCAGAGACAAGCGGUUGAGGGGUUGUAUAGGUACAUUUUCUGCCAUGAAUCUGCACUCAGGACUCAGGGAGUACACCCUAACCAGUGCCCUUAAAGACAGCCGCUUCCCCCCCAUGACAAGGGAUGAGCUGCCUCGCCUCUUCUGCUCAGUGUCUCUUCUCACCAACUUUGAAGACGUCGGUGAUUACCUUGACUGGGAGGUGGGUGUUCAUGGUAUUAGGAUAGAGUUUUUCAAUGAAAAAGGAUCAAAACGCACCGCCACCUACCUACCAGAAGUUGCAAAGGAGCAAGGUUGGGACCACAUUCAGACCAUAGAUUCCUUACUUCGAAAGGGAGGUUACAAAGCUCCCAUCACAAAUGACUUCAGGAAGACCAUUAAGUUAACCAGGUACCGUAGCGAGAAGAUGACAAUGGGUUAUGCAGAGUACAUCGCCCACCGCCAGCACCAUCACUACCAGAAUGGCAUCGGGCACCCUCUACCACCCUACAACCAUUAUUCCUGACAGCGAGCCGCAUGACCAAUCAUUGGACCUCUCCGCGGACCUUUUCCCAGGGGAGCCUGCUCCCUCCUGGUCUAGCUAUUUCUACUACUGUACCAUUUUAUGAUGAUAGUUUCCGUUGCCAUGCUGGCUGUCUCCCAGACAUUGACAUGGCAACGGGUGGCAACAAAACAUCAUUUGAUCAUGGCAAGAAAUCAACAUUUUUCUUUUUACUCGUCUCCAUUCUCCAUUUAAGUUUUUGCAGCAUAUGUGUGUAUCUAUAUAUAUAUGUAUGUAUGUAUGUAUGUAUAUAUAUAUAUAUAUAUAUAUAUAUACACACACACACACCGAUAUCUAUAACCCCUUUCAUUGAUAUUUUGGAAAAUUAGAUUAUCUUAAACUUUACCUUUUCAGCAAACCCAAUCAGGUUUGUGAUUCUGUGGAUGGAAGGAAGUCUCUUAAGUUGGAUUAGUCUCACUCUUAUAUUAAGGCUUUGCUACAGUUUUACAGUUUUCUUUAUUUGGGAAAAUAUGCUUCUUUUCUUUAUGUUAAAUCGCCAGACAUUAAGUAUAACAUGUAGCAAGGCAACUGCAGUUCUAAAAGGCUGUAUCCCCUCUAUUUCAUGAAUCCUCUCAAAAGCAAAAACCAACUGACUGUUGAGAUUGGGUUUUGCCUUGUAAACUCUUGUAGUGUUGUAGUUGGAAAUAGAUAUUGAGAUCUGUAUACUCCAAAGUGUAGAUUGUAGGGUUGUGAUGCGACUUGACCAGUCUUUACUGGUGGUGUUUGCUUUAGCUCACAAUCACGUGUGUGCUUUUUCUGUGUGUGGAUAAAGGCUUUGGUCUGUCAGAAAAUGAAAACCGCUAGAAUAAAUUAGAAAUUGGAUCAUACCAAAAGAUUCCCUACUGUGAUGCUGGGAUUACUUUCCCCUCGUAGUUAUUGUGUUUUGUGAUGGACCUGUAAAACUUGAAAAGCAUUUGUUUGGUUAGGUCUUAAAAGCUACUUUCCCUUUUUUUCUGUUUCAAUUAUUACAUAAAUGUGGAGGAAGCCAUUUUGUCUGGGGACGAUCAUGUCUGAGAUGAUUAUCAAGUGGGGUUGACUUCCCGCACUUUGGGGGUGCGUGAGCUUUAUUUUGGGGGGAAAGGGGAGUAGGGAUGGCUGCAAAUUCAUUGAAAUAUCUAACCUGCUCGAAGAAUGCUUAACUUUCAAUUAGCAACUGUGUCUGUUGGUCAGAGUUUACUGGCAGGGAGUCUUAUUGACAGGGACAUGCUGUACCUACUAAAAGCCAUAUUGUCUUUUUAAUCCACGCUUUGUGAAAGUAAUUGGUUGGUUGGCUUGAUGUGUUGGCUUUCAACGCCAUUUAAUUGGUGACCUCAAAUAUAUCUGGUCCUCUAAGUAGGAACCCAAACACAUACUUAUCAGUCCCAGGCAGGGCUGCGUUUCUAAACCACUGCAUACGUGUUCAACCUGACUGUUUCAGUCACUGGUUUGAUGUCCUGUACAGUGCCCUUGUGUCCUUGAGGGGACAUUCUCUUGCAUUUCUCAACUUAAAAGAAUCUAUGUUUCACAUUACAGCUUGAUAUUAUAGUAUUAAAGUACCCUUGUGCUGUUCAUUUGUCUAAGUAUGCUCCUUUUAGGAUGUCAUUUUGAAGAUACUAUACCACUUGACGCACAGAGGAUGUAAUCUUUGAACACGUGAUGUUGUAUUCAGAUGUUAAUGUGACAUUCUGUUUUGCACUGCAUGUCAUUGUGCUGUUUAAAUUCUGAGUUCAAGUAGUUCCCAUGACGCAGCUCUUUGGAUUUAGUUUAAACUAUCAGCGUGUCUGUGCCACAGGAAAUGUCGGUAUUUUUGGUCUAUUUUGUCAGCUGUUCAGCAGUUUGUAAGCGCAAACAAACAAUCAAGUUAGUUUGAACAGAAUUUUUGCAAGGGGCCAGGCUGCUUACAGUUGAGUCUUCAAAAAAAAAAAGAAAAAAGUCAGGGCUUUGUAUGGACUAACGAAGCCAUUCAACUGUUGCUUGCUGUGAGUCACAUCCACACACAUUAGGCUAGUUGGGUUGCUUUCUUUCCUACCCGAGUAUUUGAACUGUCGAGGAUCAUCUUGUGGUCCCCUGUUUAAUGUUUGGUUUCAAUUUUUAAUAACUGGAGAAUUUGAGAGGUUCAAGUACUUGACCAACAUCUUUUUUCUUAACAGCCUUUACUAACUGGCAGGUUAAUUUUUCUUUAUGCAAAAUGUCAAGGGCUUUUGGCACUCCAUCCACAGUAACCCGAAAUGACCCAGAUUUGAGUUGUGUUGCCUUAAAUGAAUGAUUUAAUAAAUGAUGGACCAGUACAUGGUGCUGUGAGUGUUCCUCUACCACAUCCUGUGCUGUUCAGUAACCUUGUCUCCUACACCUAGAGUAGAAAUAGGCCCCCAAAAUAUGUUUCCAUCCCAGGAAUGAUGAUGUAAACAUAUUUUGUAAGGCAUAAGGGAUUUCUCAUUAGUCUGCAAACCUGGAUUUACUCGCGUUCAACCAAGCUACUGAUCCUCAACAGCAUUCUCACACCUUUUUCAAAACUUAAAAUGUAAAAAGAACUUCACAUUUUAAUGAAACAUUAUAAUUUAGUACCAUUGUUCUCUGAAAUGUUUUAAUCUUGAGAUCAAGAAACAUGCUGUAGCUGAAUCACGGGAAGACUAUUUCUUUUUUUUCCAGUCAGUGGUAAGCUUUGUGACAAAUGCAGUUGGACUUAAGUAGACAUUUCCCAAGUGGAACAGUCUGGCAUUCAUUUCCUGGUCCAUUAAAUACAGCACAACCUGAAUUUUUCUGCUGCAAAACCAAAUUGACCAUGUUCUUUUACAUAAAUGUCUUUGUAUACACAUGCAAUGUCUAAUGUUGCAUGUAUGUAUAAGUAUGAGACCUAUGGUUUUAUCCAUGAUAUGCUUGAUCUAUGGAUUAGAUACUCGUAUUAACCAUUAAGAGAUUUAGAAGACAAAUAUGGUGCUAUUGGACCUCACGUUGGGGUGGUCACAGUUGGUGACUGGUCAUGCGGACUCAUCGAUCAUAUCAUACUUAAAGAUGCUACGUGUAAGAUUUUCUCUUAAUAUAUUGCUGUAAAAUUGGCCAUGACAACCCACUGACAACAUAUACCAUCAAAAAUGAAUGUGAUUUGUCUCUGAUACAAAUAGUAGCCCCUAAGGAUCUCUUUAUGCUUUCAAUGAAUCUAAUAUGGGUGAUCUUGGGCUUCAAUCCCAAUGGGGAAAAACUCUUAGUAGAGGAUAUCCCUGUUAGUUACUCAUCAAAUCAAGAGUGGAAGGAGAUGCUAUUCCAAAAUAGAGCGGCUUAUAGGGGCUAUGGAAUGUACUGUUUAUGGUUGUUACCACAGUUUGACAUCAAUGUACUAAGAGAAAAUUCUGCAUUUGUUACCUUUUGAUAUUCUUGAUAUAUGCAGAUUUUCUCAACAGGUGUUAUUUUGUUUUCCUACCAGUGCAAGUCAACACCCAUGCAGGUUUGAAAGGACAAGAAGUCACGAAUAACCUCCCUCCUUUAACUACAUCCCUUCACUGUGGCCCAAACCUCAUGGCCUCGUUUGUCAAGGUGUAACGUCCGUCAUUUAGUGGAUGUUGACAGUAAAAGUGGUUGUUGCCUUUCUCAAAUGUUAAAGUCUCUUGCUAGAUUGGGUAUCACUCGGAAAUAUUCACUGACACAUUUGUACUGACACUGACACAUUCACAUUUGUAAUUUGUGAUAUUGGGCUAUACAAAUAAAAUUGACUUGACUGACCGUUUCCCUUCAGCUAUUGAAUCGUCAAUUUGACCCACUUGUACGACAAAUCAAGGCUAGACAUUUCGCCCAGUGGAGAGUUACUUUGACUCUGGGCUCUCGUUAAGCUUUUGUUUCAAACACCUCUCUAACAGUGUCGAGAAAGUACACGUAACAUUAACAUUCAUCCACCCAAACUGGCUUUUGACUUUCAGUCCGUUAUAUUUCAGUGUCCCAUUUGAUGCUUGUUCGCAUUUCACCAAGGAUACACAGGACACAGUCCUACUUUUGUACUGACAACCAUUGACGUAUUGAUACCUCAUAGAAUAUGAUGGAAAGGCGUUUCUCUUCGCCGUAGCAGAUUGUCUUUUGGUUCCAUACCAGGGUUAGAGUUUAGCCUCAGCAUUCCCUCUCUGGUCAUUCAUGUAGUUCUGUGGAAUGCUCAAGCUCAUGUUACCUUUGUAUGUUCGACCGAACCAAAGAUGCCACCGGCCAUGCCCAAAUGCUGCUCUUCAGGCCUGGCUUCCUGUCCUUCCAAAAAUACCCCUGCAAAAACAAUGUUCUUAACUUCUGUCUGUCUUUUUUUCUGUGCGAUAUUUUUUUUUCCUUCCAAACUGUCUUGACUUAUUCAGCAACCUAAUUGUUCAAUGAAUUUUCAUUGAGUAUAUCUCUGAAGCCUUUUAUGGUAUCAAAGAUUGUGAAAAUGGUUGCAAAUCUUAUUGUUACUUGUUUUGUUUUACUAUUAUUAUUAUUAUUAUUAUUACUACUACUACUAUUAUUACUAUAAUUUAAAAAAAAAAAAGAAAAUCCCAUGGUGUGCCUCCUAGCUUUAUGGGUUUCUAAAUGUUUUUUUUCCCUAAAGACCAGCAGUUAUACUUUAUAUAAAAGAUGGAUUUUUCCUUAUUUUUUAUGCCAUUAAAAAUGAAAAAAAAAACCUGUUUUCUUUACUCUGGACCCAGUAGCUGCACUGGUAUACAAUCGCACUGAUAGAUGAGUAAAAAAAAAAAGAAAAAGAAAAAAAAGAAGAAUAAAUGAGUCAAUAAUAAUAAUGAUAAUGACAAAUGAAAUAAGAACUACAAUAAAUGUGUUUGGAACUUUUAUUAAAAAAAGAAAAAAGAAAAUGACUGUUUUUGUACAUCAGAAUAAAUUCUUUUCAAAGGAAUAUUUUGGAUCUAGUUUCAAAUUAUUUUGGUGGUUUUCUAUGUUCUAGAUGUUUCAGACACUGAGUUCUAAGACUUGUCACUGUACAAAACAAGUUUUUCUGUUUCAGUGACCUGACUGGCUGGGAGGGGUUACCUGGUGUAACUCCUCAUACCAACUUUUUGAUUUUUUUCCCCCCUCCUCGUUUUCGGUUCUCUUUCUCUGCUUUAGUAACUUGAAAAUGUUGACUGAAUAUGAACUGGGAAUUUCAAAUACAUCCCCUGUAGAGCUAGGUCCUUCCUUAUUUCCCCGUUGAAUUGCUGUUAGUGUGACGAGACUUGAAAUGGGCAUUUAUUAUGAUAGUCUGGCUCCAAAAAAAGAAAAA